AUAUAUAUAUAUAUAUAUAUAUAUAUUAAACCAUGACCGGCAGGGGUGUUCGUUUAAUUUGGAGUACGCUUUUAUUUUAAGAUUUACCUCUAGCAGUACAAAUUGCAUUUUAAAGAAAUAGUAGAAUUGUUUAAUUAGUAUUAUUUAGUGACCCUGCCCCCCACCCCAAAGUUUGACUUUGUUGCAUUUAGGGGGACUCAUGUCUCAUUCAGGGGUCUGAGACACUCCUGGGUCCCAUCCAAUUUAUACUGUCUGUUGAUCGUUUUAUGCUCUGUGUGAUAGGGACAUGUAAAGUCUUAAUGGCUGGUUAGAAACAUGUAAAUAAAUGCAUUGGACCUGACAACAGAAAGGACCAAGAAAUAUUCAGACUAUUGUAAUUGUUCAUUAAAAUGUUUGUAAACUAUACUGGUAUAUUGAUACUUGACUCUAGGGGGAGCUAGUCCCUUAUCAGUUUUAUUCACACUAACACCAGUUCCUAGACAUUUAUUGGAAAGGCACCCCCUCCUCCUCCACUCUCUCAAUGCAUACUAAUGCUGCUAGAGGACCCUCCUCCCUCCCACCCAGAUUUCUCAGGGAUGGGCGGGAGAGGGGACAGAUAGCAUUUUCAGUUCAGUAAGGCAGGCAAUACUUAUAGCCCCAUGUCUUUUUCAGUAAGCAAUAUUGAUGAGCCUCUGCAACAUGUCUAACCUGUGUGAGUGGUAUGUACUAGACCAGAGCUAGAGGAAAAUAACAUGUUUUCAUCUGGAUGGGGAGGCUUGUUUUGUUGAAAGAAGAAAGAAGAUGAGCUGGGAGGGGGAAUAACUGGCAACUGCCAUUCCCCCCUUCCACAUAGAGACAAGAAAAAACGGAGGCUACUGGAGUAUUUGUUUUUUUCUUUCGUUCUUUGUUCUUCUUCUUCCUCAUCGCCUUGCUGGGAGGUGCUUUAUCUUUUCAUUUGCUUGCUCUCUCCGUCCUCUGCCUCCUCAUCUAUUUCUCCAUUUACCUGGUCUACAAUUUCUUCUAUUUAUGAACGAGAAAAGGAAGGAAAGAGAUUUUUUUUCCUUUUUUAAUUUCCUUAUCCAUUCUCCCUUCCCUUACCAUUCCUAUAACUCCCAAUCUUUCCCCCGUCACCCACGCUCCCCCUCCCCCCCAUUUCUCCACUCACUGUCCACCCCAUAACUUUGGCUAGUUUUUGAAUCCACCAGUGUUUCAAUUAUCCAGAUUUUUCCACCAGAAAAGACAAGCUGGUUGACACUAUUGACCUUUUUCAUGUUUUUACCUUUUCCUAUUUUGUACCUCUUCUUCUCCCACAAUCCUUUGCAUCUCUAUUUUGGGGAUUCUUAUUUAUAUUUAUAGGUAGGUCUCUUAGUGUUUAGUGUCCGUCUCAAUCUGUUUGUGUGUGUUACGCAUCCACAUAACACACACACACACAUGUUAAUCCACAGUAUGGCUUGGUAGAGGAAUGGUUCUUUCAUCAAAUCAUUCAGCUGGUACUUGUUUUCAUGACAUGCCAUCCCCCUAUGCUCUUUCUCUCCAUUCCAAACAUCACCUUUUUGCUUUUGACCUCCAUCAAAACCAAAGUGAUUCAUCCUGCAACGCCUUCCUCUCUUCUCAGAGGAGCACAUUUUCUCUCACUGUAUUGCACAACAGUCUCUUCUUCUCCCAUUAAAUGUGUAACUGCCUCCGUUUCCUUAUAUUGUAUCAUUUUACUCACACACAGGAGAAGACUAAUGCAAGGUCCCAAGGCAAACUCCAUAUCUAGCAAAAAAGAAAUAAACCAAUAUAUUAUAUUGUUCCCAUCUCAUCCUGCACCUCUUAUGAAACAACUGCUGUCUGAUGAAGACUGUCAAACAUUAUCUGUAGAUCUGCGCUUAAUACUCACUUGUUUCUCAUUCUACUGGUCUGUCACCUGUGUAUGCAUCUCUCUCUACCCCCCCCCCCCCUCCCCCUCUCCUAUCACUCUCACUCCCUCUGACACACAAGCACUCCAAGAUAAUGGACUAAAACCCUUGCUGCAAUUCUUUACCUUUCAGAGGAUCUUUUUUUUAAUGCUUUUCUCAUCUGUCGCUCUCAUUUUAAGCGCCGUUCAUCUCUAUCCCAUUGUUGUUUUCCACCUACACCCCCACACUUUUAAUUAUCCAAUCAUUUCUUUAUUUGUUGCUCCAUUUUUCAUUUGCCAUCAGAAAAUGAUUCACAUAUCCUAAUGUUCUAUACGUUAGAGGGUCCUUUUGCUUUUCUGAUAUAAUUUGAGAGUUCUGUUUACUUAUAUGGGGAAUAAUUUUUGUGAGUUAUUACUGGGACUACUGUGAUAUAUUUUAGUUAAGGGGCAGGUAAUUUAGUGUAAUCAUUUUUGUGAGUUAAUACUGGGACUACUGUGAUAUAUUUUAGUUAAGGGGCAGGUAAUUCAGUGUAAUUAUUUUUGGAACAAUGUUUAGCAAUAGAAGCAAAGUGUUGACAGGGUGGUGAAAAGGUUGUAGGGAACUGGUUUAUUCUGAACUAACCAAAAAACGUAGACUUUUUGGUGUGAGAGGGACAGAGAGGGUGAGAGAGGGACAGAGAGGGUGAGAGAGAGUGAGAGAGGGAAAGUGAGAGUGGGAAAGAGGGAAAGAGAGUGAGAGAGGGACAGAGAGAGUGAGAGAGGGAAAGAGAGAGUGUAUUAAACAUAGCAAUAGACAUAUACAUAGAUAAGUAGAGCAAACCACAAUUCAUUCUCUCUCCACCUCUUUAUAUUUCAUUUUGUUCUUGAUGGAGAAUGUUAUGAUUCUCCUCUACAUUAUAUGAAGAUAUUGGGGAAUGGGAUUUUUUAAAUAAAUAUUCUUCACAAUGAUAAAUGCAUUCUGGAUGUAGCUGUUUUCCUGAGGAAUUACUCUGUCUCGGAUUGGACUCCAAAUGAAAGCCUCUAAUUAACUGUUAAUUGAAAUUCAGGACUUUUUGGUGUUUUUUCUCUGAAUGGACUAAAGCUGAUUUUAAUACUUUUUUCCACUAUUGAAUUUUAAUGGGAUUUUACUAUCAAGGAUUAAGGACUCUCAUCUUUUAUCUUCUAGUGAUAUAUUUGUGAUUGUUACAAUUUCUCCUAUCUACAAACACAAUUACAUUUAGAAUCACUCCGUAUUAAGGGUUAAUUAGUUCACCCUCCCUCAGUCUGAGGCUAUGAGAGGGAGAGAGGAGUCCCAGGCCUCACCAUCAUGCUACUUCUGAGAAGCAGGGAUGACAUUUUGGCUGCCAAUACACAAGAUAUUACAGUCCCACUCCUCGAUUAUGCCUGUCUGCGGCUGCCACAGCGCCUCCAACCCUCAGGAAAGGCGAGCGUCCCCCACGCCCCUGCCCCCCCAGGAGGUGAGACGUCCUCCCCGGCGCUGUGCGGCCCUCUCCUCCCUCUCCCUGUCCCUCCUGGGCCUCCUGUUGUGCCUGUUCCACCUGCCCCCCGCCUGUCACUCUCGCAGAGACAAGGGCGGGGGCGUGGCCCACUACAUCCCCAUGGCACAGCCCCCCCACCACCAGGUGCUGCCCAAGCUGGUGCAGGGCCUCAGCAUCGCCGUGGUGCUGGUGGGCAACUCUAGCGAGGUGGCGUUGGCGGGCGCCCGGGAGAAGGACGACUUCCUGCACAUGCCACUGGCGCCCAACGUGGAAGUGCUCACCAUGAACGAGACGGACCCAAAGAGCAUCAUCAAGAGCAUAUGUGACCUGAUGACAGAGCACUGGCUACAGGGCGUGGUGUUCGGGGACGACACGGAUCAGGAGGCCAUAGCCCAGAUCCUGGACUUCAUCUCUGCACAGACACACAUCCCCAUCCUGGGGGUCCGCGGUGGCUCCUCCAUGAUCAUGGCUGCCAAGGAUGACAACUCUAUGUUCUUCCAGUUCGGCCCGUCCAUCGAGCAGCAGGCCUCGGUCAUGCUCAACAUCAUGGAGGAGUACGACUGGUACAUCUUCUCCAUCGUCACCACAUACUACCCCGGAUACCUGGACUUUGUCACCAAGAUCCGGAGCACCAUAGAGAACAGCUUUGUGGGCUGGGAGCUGGAGGAGGUUCUGCUGCUGGACAUGUCAGUGGAUGAUGGAGACUCUAAGAUCCAGAACCAGCUGAAGAAGCUGCAGAGCCCCGUCAUCCUGCUGUAUUGCACUAAGGAGGAGGCCAACACCAUCUUCGAAGUGGCCCACUCCGUAGGGAUCACGGGCUACGGCUACACCUGGAUCGUCCCCUCGCUGGUAGCUGGGGACGCUGAAGUGAUCCCUGCCGAGUUCCCUACAGGUUUAAUCUCUGUGUCGUAUGACGAGUGGGACUACGGCCUGGAGGCUCGCGUGCGCGAUGGGGUGGCUGUCAUCGCCAUGGCAACCUCCACCAUGAUGCUCGACAGGGGGGCACACACCCUGAUGAAGUCUGAGUGCCACGGGGCCACGGACAAGAAGGGGCCCAUUGCUGGGAACCCCAAUGAGGUGCUCAGGUACCUGAUGAACGUGACGUUUGAGGGCCGGAACCUGUCCUUCAGUGAGGACGGCUACCAGAUGCAUCCCAAACUGGUCAUCAUCCUACUGGACAAGAUGAGGCAGUGGGACAAGGUGGGGAAGUGGGAGAACGGCUCCCUGUCCAUGAAGUACCACGUCUGGCCUCGCUUUGAGAUCUACUCAGGGGCAGAGAGUCGGGAGGACGACCACCUUUCCAUCGUUACGCUGGAGGAGGCUCCGUUUGUCAUCGUGGAGGACGUUGACCCCCUCAGUGGCACGUGUAUGAGGAACACUGUGCCCUGCAGGAGACAGCUCCAAACAAUAAAUAAAACCGUCGACUCUGGGAUCUAUAUCAAGCGCUGCUGUAAGGGUUUCUGCAUCGACAUCCUGAAGAAGAUCGCCAAGCACGUCAAGUUCACCUACGACCUCUACCUGGUGACCAACGGAAAACACGGCAAGAAGAUCAAUGGCACCUGGAACGGCAUGGUGGGAGAGGUGGAGACAAAAAAGGCUCACAUGGCGGUGGGCUCCCUCACCAUCAACAAGGAGAGGUCAGAGGUAAUUGACUUCUCGGUGCCCUUCAUUGAGACGGGCAUCAGCGUCAUGGUAUCCCGUAGCAACGGCACCGUCUCGCCCUCUGCCUUCCUUGAGCCCUUCAGUGCUGAUGUGUGGGUGAUGAUGUUCGUGAUGCUGCUGCUGGUGUCGGCGAUUGCUGUGUUUGUGUUUGAGUACCUCAGCCCUGUGGGCUACAACCGCUGUCUGGCUGACGGUAGAGAGCCUGGAGGGCCCUCCUUCACCAUCGGCAAGGCCAUCUGGCUGCUGUGGGGUCUGGUCUUCAACAACUCUGUCCCAGUGCAGAACCCCAAGGGUUGGACCAGUAAGAUCAUGGUGUCGGUGUGGGCCUUCUUCGCUGUCAUUUUCCUGGCCUCCUACACUGCCAACCUGGCAGCCUUCAUGAUCCAGGAGGAGUAUGUGGACCAGGUGUCUGGACUCAGCGACAAGAAGUUCCAGAGACCCAAUGACUUCUCCCCUCCGUUCCGGUUUGGGACGGUCCCUAACGGCAGCACGGAAAGGAACAUCAAGAACAACUACAAGGAGAUGCAUGGCUAUAUGAUCAAGUUCCACCAGAAGAAUGUGGACGAGGCCCUCUAUGGUCUGAAGACUGGUAAACUGGACGCCUUCAUCUACGACGCAGCAGUGCUGAACUACAUGGCCGGGAGGGACGAGGGCUGUAAGCUGGUGACCAUCGGCAGUGGGAAGGUGUUUGCCUCCACGGGCUACGGCAUCGCCAUCCAGAAAGAGUCUGGCUGGAAGAGACACGUCGACCUGGCCAUCCUUCAGCUCUUUGGAGACGGUGACAUGGAGGAGCUGGAGGCCAUGUGGCUGACGGGGAUCUGCCACCAUGAGAAGAACGAGGUGAUGAGCAGCCAGCUGGACGUGGACAACAUGGCCGGCGUCUUCUACAUGCUGGGGGCGGCCAUGGCUCUGUCGCUCAUCACCUUCAUCGCCGAGCACGCCUUCUACUGGCAACUGCGCUUCUGCUUCAUGGGCUACUGCACGGGCAAGCCAGGCUUCGUCUUCUCCAUCAGCAGGGGCAUCUACAGCUGCAUCCACGGGGUUCAGAUCGAAGAGAAGAGCAGCUCAGCUCUCGACUCUCCAUCGGUCACUAUGAACAACACCCAAUCCAACAUCCUGCGUCUGCUCCGAACCGCUAAGAACAUGGCCUCCCUGUCCGGGGUUAACGGCUCACCUCACAGUGCCCUGGACUUUAUCCGUCGUGAGUCAUCCGUCUACGACAUCUCUGAGCACCGCCGCAGCCUGGCAGGUCACUCGGACUGCAAGCCCCCGUACAUGCCGGAGGAUAACAUGUUCAGCGACUACAUCAACGAGGUGGAGAGGACGUUCGGGAACCUCCACCUGAAGGACAGCAACCUGUACCAGGACCACUACCUGCACCACCAUGGAGGCUCUGCCCUGGGGCUCAGCGGCCCGCCACUUAACAGACCCCACAGCCUGGGCAGCAACAGUUCUCUGGAAGGGGGCAUGUUUGACUGUGACAGUUUAGGGGGAGGAGUGGCACCCAUCUUCACCACCCAGCCACGCUCUGCCCUGACCCACAGGAACAUGAGUAAGUUUGACCUGAUUGCCGGUCAGAACCCACCCUCUGGGCCGGGCUUCAAAUCGGGACUUUCAGACCUGUAUGGAAAAUUCUCCUUCAAGGGAGGGGCCUCCAGCUCAGGUUACAUCCCCGGGCACGACAGGUACUGUGGGGGAGGGGGCAGAGAGGAUGACGGAAACAUUCGUUCAGACGUUUCAGACAUCUCCACUCACACGGUCACCUACGGGAACCUGGAGGGCAACGCUAAAAAGCGUAAGCAGUAUCGCGACAGCCUGAAAAAGAGGCCCGCCUCUGCCAAGUCGAGACGAGAGCUGGAUGAGAUUGAGCUGGGCUACCGGAGAAAGCCCUACCACACAGGCUACCACCACUACCACGGCCACCGCUCCUCCUCCCCGCCCCUACUGCCCUCCGAACGCAAGAGAGGAGGAGGGGGCAAUGCAGGGAGCACAUCCUACCUGUUCCGUGACAAAGAGAGUGUGAGGGAUUUCUAUUUGGACCAGUUCCGCCCCAAAGAUGGUGUUCCCCAAUGGGAACAUGUUGAUCUGACAGACGGUCCUGGAGGUGGGGGUGGAGGGGGCGGGGGGAACUGCACCAGUUUGGUGUCAGUGGACGACUUCCUGAAACAAAAUAAACCCAAGAAAUCAGAGUCUAAGAGUGGGGGAGGCACAUCAGGGGCGGGGUUGGCAGGAGGAGACUGGGAGUGUCGUAACUGCCGUGCCAGCGGAGGAGGGGGCAAGCAGAUGUCGAUGCAUGGCAGCGGGGCGGGGGAGAGGGGAGGCGGAUAUGGUGGAGGGGUUAGUUGUGGAUCCUCGGGGGGUGGAGGGAACAGCCGUCCCAGCUCUGCCACCUGCAUGCGCUGCGAGGGCUGCAAAAAGACAGGCAACCUGUACGACAUCAGUGAGGACAACAACCACCUCUUGGAACAGAUGGGGGGUGGGAAAGGUGGAGGCAUGGGGGCUGUGGGGUUAAGUGGAGGCGCCCAGCCUCAAUCUCAAGCCCAGCGUAGGAAGUCUGCCGGCUUUGGAAAGCCACUCCGACGGCAACACUCUUGCGACACCUUCGUAGACCUUCAGAAAGAGGAGGCAGUCGGAGUCAGGGGGGUCAUGGGGGAUCUAGGAGGGGGCGGUGGGGGCAUGGGGGGUGUAGGAAUGGGCGGGAUGUUGCCUCCCCCCAGAAGUGUUAGCUUAAAAGAGAAGGAGCGCUAUAUGGAGGGUGUUAGCCCCUUCGCCCACAUAUUUGAGAGGCAUGGAGGCUCAGAGAGGGAGAAGGAGCGAGACAGAGACCCCCUCUUCUAUGGUGGUGAGAUGGCCAAAGAAGCAGGGUCGCCAUUCGGCUUGUUCCGAGGUGGUGAGGGCCUUCACCGCCGCUCAGUGGGGGAGAGGGACAUGAGGGACAGAGAAAGAGCCAUGAUGGAGGGCGGUGGAGGAGGAACCUACUCCUUAUCCAAAUCUCUCUACCCGGAUAGGGUCAACCAAAACCCCUUUAUUCCAACCUUUGGUGACGACCAGUGUCUCUUGCAUGGCGCCAAACAAUACUACAUGAAAAAGCAACAGCAGCAGCAGCAGAUGCCCCCCAAAAACAGCCGAAGUGACUUCCGGGGCUCGGUGGGUGUGACGUCUUUCUUGCCAGCGACUGCCACUGCUGGGGUCAUGUCCACCGUGGCCCCAAGGUUCCCUAUGGAGCUGUGUCUGGGAGGGAACCUCCACGGCUCCACGCUGGGUUUGGGGCCAAUACAGCGCCCGUUCAAUGGCAGCAACGGGCACGUGUACGAGAAACUCUCCAGCAUAGAGUCAGACGUGUGAGAGAGGAGACUGGGUGGGGAGGCAUGGAGGGAGGGAGGCAUGGCAUUAGUGCUGGGAAGUCAGGGAUGACGAGGCACCACUGUCCGCAAUACUUUUAACAAGGAAGGAGAACAGUCAGGGAAGAGAAGAUGAAUGACAGAAUGGUGAAAAGGUUUGACAGAAAAGAGCAGGAUGAGUUAGAAGGAAAGAUGGGGACAUUCAAGCCCUGUUAUUUUGUUACAAAACAACGAAUUCAAGAGGUGACACGUGGGUAGGGUUAUGUUAACUCUAUUAUUUAUUUGGCCGUUGCCAUCAACACACUCAAAAAGAACACAAAAUUGACACCUCUGAAUGUGAUAUUGCAGGUUUGAGCCAAAUGGCUUACAGAGUCACACCUACAGAGUGAUUAUGAGAAGGGAAUGUGAGUGAGUAGGGAAGUGUCCAUCUGGUCAAGUGUUAUUAGAGAAAGGAGAUGUUGUCAUGACUCAUGUUGAUGAUAGCUCUAAGACUGAAAAUGAGUGGAAGACGAUGGCCGUGUUCACCCCCUGCACUAACUCUCCCUCUUUUUAUUUGGCUGUCCCCAUAGGAGAACCCUUUUUGUUUCCAGAAAGAAUCCUUUAUGGUUCCAGGUAGAACCCUUUUGGGUUCCAUAUAGAACCCUCUGUAGAACAGGUUCUACAUGGAACCCAAAAAGGUUCUACCUGGAACCUAAAGGGUUGUACCUGUAACCAAAAACGAUACUUCAAAGGGUUCUGCUAUGGGGACAGCCGAAGAAUCCUUUAAGGUUCUAAAUAGCACCUUUUUUCUAAGUGAGUUGUUCUGCUCCCUUACACCCCCCUGCUCCCUUCUGCUCCCUUACACCCCCCUGCUCCCUUCUGCUCCCUUACACCCCCCUGCUCCCUUCUGCUCCCUCCCUUUGACUCUUUAUUGUUAUGAUAAUUCAAUCAUAAAUGAAAAUAAGAUAUUCUUACUGAAAUAACAGGGUAAAACAACAAUAAUGUUAUUAACAUUGUGAUUAACAAAAGUGAUAUUAUGAAGUGCUUAUGACAUUAAGUUUGUUUUAUGUUCCUUUGAUAUUUCAAUACUGUUUAAUAUUUGUUGUUAUUUCUUUGUCUGCCCGAUGGUGGCAGGAAGCUUGUUAUCUAAUUCAACUAACAAGCCUGAAGGACUGAGUGAAAAGUCAUUAGGUCUCUUGUUUUUGUUUUAAUGAUAUACAGUCCAUGCUCAUUCAUUAAUUUGCUGUUUUUAAAAUUGUUACGGAAAGAUCUGGAAGGCAUCAUUUGCACAGUACUGAACGGUUCUUCAUUGUUUGAGGUUUCAAGAGGUUUCACACCCUGUUUCUGAACUUUUGUUGGUCAACAACUGUGAAAGACGUCUCUUGUCAUAAAGCAGAUGGCUGAAGAUACUGACUGAAGGACGAGCCUUAAAGGACUCCAGAGAUGUACACCCCAGAGAGCUCAGCAGGGCGUGAUGUAACAGCACGAUACGUAAUGAACAAGGUGUUAAGAUGUGUGCAAUAUCCCCUUGUCUUGAAGGGAAAACGUGCUACUCUGAAACCAAGUCAUUAUUUACAGAUGUGAGACUGAGCGACUGUGGUGUGUUUCAAGACAACAACAUGUUUGAAUAACUAAAACUUAACUUGAUGUGGACGUUAUUACACAGACAUUACAAUACCAUCGGAAGUGCUUCAUAAACCUGUCACACAUCCAUACUAAAGAACACCACACAUACUGUCAGACUGCUGUGCCUCAUCUAACAAGCAUUUGAUCAACCCUUUUGGAUCCAGGUUCCUAGAAAACAGCCAGCAGCCUCCUAGGCUCACUUUUUAACACACCACUUAUCUCGUAAAACCCGUUGCGUUCACUCUCUGAAGUUAGGAAGGUCCAUACAGGCUUAUGAGACACGUUGAAGAAGCAUUUGUGAAUGCAGUUUUACUUCACGGCAGUCAGAGUGUUUAAUGUGUAUUAUAGGCGUAUGCUCUGUAAUUCUAAAUUGAACUCAAAUCCUCUUAAAAGAUGUUGUUGCCCACAGAAGAUGGUAAUGGUAUUGAUGAACGGCUGAAUGUGAGUCGUGAGGAUGUCUCCAAAUCGGACAUUCCUCCUCAGACUGAGGCAGUUAGACGGAGGAUGUCUCCAAAUGGGACAUUCCUCCUCAGACUGAGGCAGUUAGACGGAGGAUAUCCUGAGAAUGCUCACACUGUAUGCUUUGACAGAUGUUGACAGUACUUUUAACCUAAGACCUCUAUAUUGCACUGAACCUCCACCCCCCGGGUUCAGACUUUCAGAAAUACAUGCCUUAUCACAUGAAACUGACUGAUGACACAAGAUAUUGUACAGCAUACGAGCCUAUCAGUUAUUUAAAGGUUUGUCUUCAAUUAGUAUGAGGUGUCAUGAGUUCAAGGGCUGCAGGAAAUUGUGUUUCAGUGCUGAAUGGAGAUUGAAGGUGCUAAGGGAGUAGAUUGCGCCGAGUCAUUCCUACUUCCAAUAUGAUCAAACUGCACCGGUAAUAUGGAGGUGGAAGAUGGAGGGGGAAUGAUUGAGUGAUAACAGCUGUUUUCCUAGACCUGCUGAUAAUCUAUUCAUUUAUUCAGUACCCACUUCUCUCUCCAUACUCUUAAGAUGAAACCCAUCAAGUUAGCCUUAAAUCAAACUGAGUCAACACCCCCUGUGAAUUACUUCACAAAUGGAUGGGUAUCUUUGCACAUGUUUUGGAUGGUCCUCCAGUGUCAGAAGGUUUGAAGAAGCAACGGAAAGGAAGAGGAAGAAAUAAGAGAGAGGGAGAAAGAAAAUAGAGUUAUUAUCAAUCAAUGUCAGCGUUAGUAUGUUCUCUUUACCCCUGUAAAUAUAUUUUGAAACUAUUUUCCCUUUGUACAGUAGGCAGACAGUCAGGAUGUAACUUUCAAUAUGUUUUACAACUAUUUAAGAAAUAAACAAAAUGGUAAUAAAAUCAUAAAAAUACACAAAAAAAUAUGCAAAAUAGUUAAGACAAA